ACCAGAUCAGUUGUCUUGUCAGUUUUGCUGACAUGUUGACAAACCAAGAUCCUAAGUGGGGUCCAGAAACCAAAAGUAAUGAAAUAGAACCAGGCAUAGAGUACUCAGGUGACCCCAUUCAACUGGUAGAGAGUAGUGAGACACACACGCUUGAGUUGAGAACACAAUCAAACCUUGGUACUAAAACCAGUUGUAGUUCUUGCAAAGUGAAUAUCGAAGUCUCAUUUGUACAAACUGAAGUAAAUUGCCAAGGUAGAGAAAUUCCUGAUGUUGUACUGUUAGGCAAUUGUUCUCAAUCGCACUCCCUUGCUGAUUUCAUGACUGGAAUAGGAUUAACUUUGAUGGCAACAAUAGAAAACCUUGACGAAUACAUAUCUAGAGAAAAAAAAGUUAAAAUGAAUUUUAAAGUGUCCAAUAAUGAGGAUCCAAACCUCUUCCAACUUUACACAGUCAAUCUUUCAGUUUUUGACAACCACCCACUUUACCUUUGCCAAGUAGUGAAUGACCCACACAUAACUCCUUUUCAGAAAAACUAUUAUGACUUUAUGAUGAGAGGAAUAUACUUAUUGUAUAAGAGAAAAAGUGAAAUGUUUGAGGUGUAUGCAAAGGCUGUUACCUGUUAUGAAGGAAACCCUAACACAUGCAACAAGGAAGUUGCCAUCAUAAGUGAAGAUGAUGUUGUUUAUUUUAGAAAGGACAUAGCUGUAGAAGUUUAUUCAAGAGACAACAGAAUUUCAAGCAAAAUAUACCGUAAAGGGCAUGAAAGUUUUAUGGUUCUUUUUCCAACUGGAACUUCAGUUAUUGUUGAGACAGACUUUGGAGACACACUUAAAGUUUUAAUACAGAAAUCACAUUAUGAUGAUGACAAUACUACAGGUUUAUGUGAUGUCACUGAAAUGGAAGAAAAGAGUAGUCUUUGGAGCAAAACUGGUGCCCUAUUCAAUUUUACUGGAACUUCACCCCAAAAUGCCAUUGAAUGUGCAUGCUUAGCUCACAGAGCACCAGUAUGCAAUCAAGGCCAUCUUGUUUACAGAUGUGAGGAACAAUAUGAUGACAUAACGAAGGAUUUACUAAAGGCUGCUAUAACUACACCAUUUAAUUGGUCCAAAUCAACAUGAAAACCUGAUGCCUAAAAAAAUAGUACUUCGCAGUAUUUUUUUUUUAUUAAAAGCUUAAUUUUAAAAGAUUAUCUUUAUUUGUUUCCAAUAUUAAUAAUAAAUGUUAUUAUGUGCUUACUUUAAGUGCUUGCUUAACAUUUUUAUUUUUAAGAUUUUCUGCAUUUCUUUAUAUAUUAAGAAAAAUUUGUAAAUGUCUCUGAAGUCUACCAAUAAUGUUAUAGGGUUACACUGGGGCAGAUUAAGGGGGGGGGGGGGUGGGAACUGAAUAGACUACAGCCUGGUAAAGCUCCUGAAUUUAGAAAAAAAAUUAUUAUAAAAUUUAUACAUUUCAACUUCAACAGAACACAAGUUUAAAGCAGUAAUUUUAGUAAAAUAUUAAACUCUCCGACCGGUGAAAGCAUUUCUCAGGCCUGUCCACAUGAUUUUGCUUAUAGGAUUUUUUUUCCUAAAAUAAAGCUCUGAUUAAUGCCAACAGUUAUGUGAGUUGGUAGCAAAGCUGAAAAUACUUUUAAUCUCACCAGCUUUAUGAGUGAGUGAUCUCAAAUGAUGUUUUUAGAAUUAUGUUAGACAUUCUGGAAUUCUAUUGCCAUAACACAUAAGAUAGUUUAAAAUGGUUUAAAUCAUUGAAGUCCAAUAAAGUCAGUGCUUUAAAACAUACUAUUUUAUUUAUACAUAUACAUGUAUAUUUAUACGUAUGCAAACAUUUGAAUUGUACUAUUUGUAAAAUAGAUAAGGAUUUAUUUUCUUUUUCUUAAUAAAUGUAAUCUAUAUAGGUAUUAACUUUGUGUUAGGAUUUAUUGGGUUAUUAUUGUAUUAUCUUUAGGAUAAACAUUUUACGCCUUACAGAUAUUUUAAAGAAAAAAUGUAUGUCUGUAAUAGACCAAUGCUGGUUACAUCAAGAAGUUUUAUAAAUGUAAUUAGGUAAAUCUAAUAUUGCAUAGGUAAAUGACGAUAAAUUUUUCUAUUUUCAUGAUAUUGGUAGGUAAAUUGACAAUGUAGUGAGCACUAUACCCAACCAACUGUAAUUUCUAUAACUUGUGUCAGGUAUAUGAGCUGGGUUAACCUAAAAUCAUACAAUAGUAUAUAGUAUAGUCAAACUUUUGACUAUUGAAUUCUCAACUACCAUUCAACCAAGUCAUCUCAUACUUUUUUUUACAGAUAUCCUCUGACCAAAGUGUUGUAUCUAAAUAAUAACGGGGUCAUCCAUAAAUCUUGUCUUAUGUAUGUUACAAACAAUUUUUUACCCCAUUAUGCCCUAUUAAACAAUCAUCACAAAAAUGCCAGGUACUAUUACAUUAUGUAUAUUAUGGUUGUGUCCCUUGAGUGUUCACUGUGUCAGCUGUGAUGUGUAGUUAAUGUGUAGCUGUGAGUUAGUUAUCUGUAAGCAGAGCUAGAGACAAGUCAAGUUGUCUAGGCUGUUCUAGUGUAAUAAAGUAACCAAGUUAACAGAAGAACUGUGUCUGUUGAAAUAAUAUAACAGGUACCAUUCCAUUUAAAUGAAAUCACAAUAACCAUAUUUUUCACCCCAAAUAACAUGCUAAUUUACUUUUGACUAUUGACUGACAAGCAAGAAAAGAAAGUUACACAAAUUUACAUUAUUUAUUAUACUGUGUUUAAAAAAAUGUAUUGCCUUUUUACAAAUUUGUCUCUCAGUCCUUAAUAACAAUUUGCAAAAAAGAAAACUAUAUAAAAAUUAUAAUUAUAAGACAUGUUUGUUAAGUUUUCUUAUACUUUUAAAAGUAGUUUUAUAUUUUGUGUGUUAAAAUAAUUUUAAGAAGUUUAAAUUGCAUAAAUUUUAGCUUUUGGGAAUUUCAAAUGUACCGGCCAAGGUUCUGAUAUGAUUGAGAAAAAAUAAAGAGUAUGCAGUAAUAUAUGGCAUACUAUAUGAUCCAACUAAUACUUAAAGAAUUUAAAAUUUCCCAUUUGACAUUCUGUAAAGAAUGAUAUUAACUAGGUUACAUCCAUUAUGCAUUUUUGUAAUUUAAAAAAAGUCUUAGAAAAGGAAGAAUAUUUUUAAGCGUAUCACCUAUGGGCAUACCUAUAAAUUUAAAAAAUCUUUAUACACAAUUUUUUACUGACAUUAUUUUUCAAACAAUUCAGUUUUGAGAGUAAAAACCCUAAAAAGUUUAGCAGUUACCAUUGUCAAAGAUAUAAAAUAAGUGCAAAAUAAAACAUAAGUUAUAUUUUCAACAAACAUCUUAUGAGGAUUACGUGCCAAGCACAAAAAGAAUUGUAUGUACAUAUGUUAACACAAACUAAUGUGUUCAGAUUAUGAAUACUUUUUUCUUAUAAAUUGUUUUAAAAAUAUUAUUAAAAUUAUUAUUUUUCCUAUUAAAUAAAACAAAUUAUGUGCCAAGCACAAAAAGAAUUGUAUGUACAUAUGUUAACAUAAACUAAUGUGUUCAGAUUAUGAAUACUUUUUUCUUAUAAAUUGUUUUAAAAAUAUUAAAAUUAUUAUUUUUCCUAUUAAAUGAAAAAAACUUUAAAUCUCCAGCUUUUUUGUUUUGUUAUCUUUGAUUUUUAAAACCAAGUUUUAUAAUAAGAUGCUUGUUACAUUAUAAAAAGUUUAGCAGUUACCAUUGUCAAAAAUAUAAAAUAAGUGCAAAAUAAAACAUAAGUUAUAUUUUCAACAAACAUCUUAUGAGGAUUACGUGCCAAGCACAAAAAGAAUUGUAUGUACAUAUGUUAACACAAACUAAUGUGUUCAGAUUAUGAAUACUUUUUUCUUAUAAAUUGUUUUAAAAAUAUUAUUAAAAUUAUUAUUUUUCCUAUUAAAUAAAACAAAUUAUGUGCCAAGCACAAAAAGAAUUGUAUGUACAUAUGUUAACAUAAACUAAUGUGUUCAGAUUAUGAAUACUUUUUUCUUAUAAAUUGUUUUAAAAAUAUUAAAAUUAUUAUUUUUCCUAUUAAAUGAAAAAAACUUUAAAUCUCCAGCUUUUUUGUUUUGUUAUCUUUGAUUUUUAAAACCAAGUUUUAUAAUAAGAUGCUUGUUACAUUAUAAAAAGUUUAGCAGUUACCAUUGUCAAAAAUAUAAAAUAAGUGCAAAAUAAAACAUAAGUUAUAUUUUCAACAAACAUCUUAUGAGGAUUAUGUGCCAAGCACAAAAAGAAUUGUAUGUACAUAUGUUAACACAAACUAAUGUGUUCAGAUUAUGAAUACUUUUUCUUAUAAAUUGUUUUAAAAAUAUUUUAAAAUUAUUAUUUUUCCUAUUAAAUAAAACAAACUUUAAAUCUCCAGCUUUUUUGUUUUGUUAUCUUUGAUUUUUAAAACCAAGUUUUAAAAUAAGAUGCUUGUUAUAUUAUAAAGUGUGUACAGAAAAUUUAAUUAAAUAAAGUCAAUUAAUUUUAAAAUAUUGUUUUCAGUUUUACAAAAACAUCACAUGGACCAUUGUUAUACAAUCGUGACUCUUUACAUAUUUAAAGCAAUCAGAAUUAUCUCCCAUUUUAUAAGAAAAUUGAUUGAUAAUUUUCAAAAUAAAAAUUUUAUUAUCUUCUUUGUUGAAAAAAAAGCGUAUUGCUUUUCCAAGUUUUAUAACUUACAAUAAAGUCUCCUUUUAAAAAAAAAAUUGUAUAUCAUUUUUUGUGGUUUAUAGAUAAUAGUUAUUUUUGAAAUUAUGAAGUUACAUUUAUUAAAGAUAAACUUUCAAUUUACUUACAGGGGCAUAGAAAUACACAACCUAAAGCAAUAUCUUAUUU